CAUCGUCACCUUCAUAAAUCCUCUAACUUUAUAUUCUCUCUAAAACCAAACUAAACCAUCAUUCUCUCUCUCUCUCUUGCAGAUGACAGAGACAGAAACAAGAAUGUACAAACCACACAUCUCAUUUUACAGUUUGUAAUAAUAAUAUGAUUCUGGGAUUCUCCCCAUCUUCCAUCUCCCAUUCUCUCUUGCCUUUUCUGUAUUCUUCAAAUCAUAUCAUAAUAUGUCAAAGUGAAAGUGAGUGAAAAGCAUAGAUUUACAUCUAUAUCUAUAUCUAUAUCUAUAUAUGUAUAUAAUAUAUAUAUUUUUUCAAAAAAAUAAAAUUAAAAAAACCUGCAGGCAGCACUUACUUCUAGGAGCCUUGCGUUUCUGAGAAUACCCUUUUUGAUGUUCUCCAUAACUCUCCCCUCCACAUAUGAUAAAUAAUACUAGUAAUAUUUAAUUAGCUUCCAAUUAGGAUGCAUAUGCCUCCACCGCCACCGCCGCCGCCGCCGGGUGGAGGAGGCGGAGGAAAGGAGGUGUUCAAUUAUCCAAUUAAUCCCGAAGGCGAUGGAGCAGACGAUGAGCAUCAGAAAUUUGGAGAUCUGGGAAUUGCAGAAGCCGCCUCCCCCAUAAGCAGCCGACCUCCGGCGCCGCCGAUGAUGGUUCAGGCGACCGCCGGCGUCGGAAGCAGCAGCGGCUCCGGGAAUCGGUGGCCACGUCAGGAGACAUUGGCUCUUCUCCAAAUUAGGUCAGAAAUGGAUGCUGCAUUCCGCGAUGCCACCCCUAAAGCCCCUCUUUGGGACCAAGUUUCCAGGAAAUUAGCGGAGCUUGGGUACAAAAGGAGCGCCAAAAAAUGCAAGGAGAAAUUCGAAAACGUCCACAAAUAUUACAAGCGAACAAAGGAAAGCCGCGCCGGUCGCCAAGACGGCAAAACCUACAAGUUCUUAACUCAGCUCGAAGCUCUCGAUCAUCACCACCCGACCAUUACGGCUACUACAUCCGUUGUCCAAUCCGAGGUUCCAACUUCAGCCGCCGCUCCGGUCUCCUUACAUCCUCCGAUAAUACCUCAACAAGACAAUCCCCCGGGGCUUGCCAUGGGCGGCGCAGCUCCCACUUCCUACUUGGGCGUUAGCUUCUCAUCCAACACUUCAUCUUCUUCUGAAGACGAAGAGGGAGAAGAAGAUUUAGAGAUCGAAUCUGCGGAUGCGCGCACAUUCGAUCGCAAGCGUAAGAGGCCAUCGCGAAGCGUCGAAAGCGACGAGAAGAUGAUGGAGUUCUUGGAGGGCCUAAUGAGCAAAGUUAUGGAGAAGCAAGAAGCAAUGCAGCAGAAGUUUCUAGAAGCGAUCGAGAAACGAGAGAAAGACCGGAUGAUACGCGAAGAGGCUUGGAAGCGGCAAGACCUCGCCCGGCUCGGCCGCGAGCACGAGCUAAUGGUGCAAGAGCGCGCCAUUUCAGCUUCAAGGGACGCCGCGAUCAUCGCCUUCCUCGAAAAAGUCACCGGACAAACUAUUAAUCUCCCCACGACACCGGCACCACCACCGCCGCCGCCCCAGCACCACCACCAAAGGCAGUCCACAUUUCCUCAGCCUCAACAACCUCAAACCACAAAUUACCAUCAUCUUCAACGCGACAAGCCAAUGGACGACGAAUUAGCUAUUGCACCGGCGACAGCCGCCGAGCAACAGAUGAUAGCAUCGGAUUCGAUGACAGGUGGCGCAACCCGAUUGGAUGCAGCAAGCUCUUCAAGAUGGCCUAAACCCCAAGUUUUAGCUCUGAUCCAAAUAAGAAGUGGAAUGGACUCCAAGUACCAAGAGGCAGGGCCCAAGGGACCUCUAUGGGAAGAAAUUUCUUCAGCCAUGAAAAGAAUUGGAUACGACAGAAGUGCCAAAAGGUGCAAGGAGAAGUGGGAAAACAUCAACAAGUAUUACAAGAAAGUGAAAGAAAGCAACAAGAAAAGGCCCGAAGACUCAAAAACUUGCCCAUACUUCCAUGAACUUGAUGCUUUGUAUCAAAGAAAACUAACUACUAGUGGCAACCUUAUAAUUGGUAGCUCCUCAGGACAACAAGAAGAUGUCGGGAUAAUGCCUUCCGCGCACACCCCGCCUCCCGGCAAUGAACCUCAGGUUGCAGCUGGUGGCGAAGCCAAACUGCCGAUGAGCGCUAUGGGAACAUAUUCAUUGAUUGACGAACAGAAUGAUCGUAAUGUAGGCGAACCAACGCAGCCAGAAGACAUGCUAGAGAAGCAAAACAGUGGGGAUCUGAUCGACAUAGACUAUUUCAACACGGCCGACUGCUCAUACAGCGACGGCGGCGAGGAUAAGGAUGAAGACAACAACUACCAGGAAGUAGUUAAUGGUAAUGAAGAGUAUGUUGUUGAUAAUGUUCACCAGACACAAGUUAGAAUGGAUUAUAAGGUGCAAUUGCAGUCAGCUGGGAAAGGGACAAAGACAGCAUCAUCAUCAGCAUCCUUCAUGGCCAUGGUGCAGUGAGGACACAAAAUCGACAUUUUUACAAAUUAAAGGUAAUAAUAAUAAUAAAGGAUUGGUUUUAUUUAAUUAUAUGUUUCCAAGAUCGAGUCUUGUUUGUUUGUUCAGAUUUGUACCAUUCAUAUACCAAGUUUGAGGUGAUUCAUUCAUUUGUUUAAUUUGGUCCAUAAAGAGCCAUUUUAUUUCAAGGCGUGAUUUGCGACACUGUUGUAAUCUGUCUGCAUGCAAUAAACAAUAUAUUUAUUGCUAA